AUGGCCACUCUUGCCUUUAAACUUUAUACCUAUAAGCCAACUGCUCCGCGCUCUAAGAGCACAGCAACCCACCGCAGACCUACCGCGGAACAGGUCAGCAUCCUUAGCAAGCUCCAGCAUAUUACGUCGAGUAGUGCAUCACUUAGCACCCCGCGGCCAGCAGCUAAUGACGAGGGCUACAGGCCCGGAAUUCAAGGCACUAGCACUGUUUUCGGCGGUAGCGACAACGCAAAUAAUAACGAAACCGACGACGACGACCGAGACCUCCCCACAAUCGAAGAAUUGCUAUUUACCAAUUUACAAGCGCAGGGCUUUACAACUGGGGAUCGAGGCCCAGACAAGAUGAGCGGAGUUGAGGAAGUAGCUACAAAUAAGCGGGAUGAUCCAAUUAUCCUCCUGUGCGAUAGCAACUCGAGUGCCUCCGAAGCUGAAGCCAAUGACGUUAGUCUUCGCGCUAAAAGUGCAAUAGCACCAGGCGCUGGACUUUUCGAUAGCCUAGAGCUAGCCAUCGACUCGACGACUCCGGCCCCUCCUCGCAGUUCCGAUAGGUGGCACGAUAUUAAAGACUUCCUCGAGCCGGCUCCACGCUUACGGCUUGCGAAACAAGGAGCUUCAACGCCAGACUCUCUGCCUCCUCAUACCCCUUCUUCGCGCCUCUCGAGCGAGCCAUUAAACGAUAGCAUUAGUCUAGAAGGAUUGCGCCGCGCUAGAUCCGAGACUACGACCUCCUCUUCGAGCCCGCCUCCACACUAUGCUAGAGCAUCGCCAUACACCCAAUUCAGUUAA